AUGAUUAAAUCUCGCCUAUGGCGUCUUGUUUUGUUAUUCGUUUUGUUUUACGUUGCAUUUUUAAUUUAUCUUCUUAUGUCAUUCAAUUCUGAUCAACAACCAAACACUCUUGCUGAUGAUAAGCGUUCUGUAUCCAGUGUCGAUGUGCUAUCUCAUAAAAUAAAUAUUCGUGGUGUCGAAAUAAAUGACAGUCAAAAAGUAUUUGUACCGUUUUUAACUCCAGGAAAACGGGGCAAUUAUGAACCAAAAGAAAUUCCGAAAAACACUGGACCUGGUGAGGAUGGUGAAGGUGUAGUACUUACGGGUAAUGAUGUAAAACCAGGUGCAAAAAGUGUGGAAGAUUAUGGUUUUAAUAUGGUUGCUAGCGAUCAAAUUUCAUUGGAUCGUCGUGCACGCGAUACAAGACCGGAUGAAUGUAAAUACUGGAAUUAUCCAAGUGUAGAAAAUUUACCAACAGCAAGUGUUGUCUUGGUGUUUUUCGAUGAAGGAUGGUCAACAUUAGUUCGAACGUUUCAUUCUGUUAUUAAUACAUCACCGAAAGAACUGUUAAAAGAUAUUAUAUUAGUUGAUGAUUACAGUGAUCAAGAACAUAUUACAGUGAGACUACCUAAAUAUAUCGAGAAAUGGAAUGGUCUUGUCAAAUAUGUCAGGACACCUCAAAGAGUUGGUUUGGUGGAAGCAAGAGUGAUUGGUGCGAGGGCGGGUGCUGGCGAUGUAAUCGUAGUCCUUGAUGCACACUGUGAAUGUGUCACAAAUUGGCUUCCUCCACUAUUAACACGCAUUGCAUUAAAUCCUAAAACUUUGGCAGUUCCCAUUGUAGAUGGUAUUGAAUGGAAUACAUUGAGACAUAAUCCUGCUUAUGGAGGUACACUAUACAGAGGUAUCUUUGAAUGGGGCUUUUUGUACAAAGAAACGGAAAUACCGAACAGAGAACGUGUUUUAAUGAAACAUCCAACAGAACCAUAUAAAAGUCCAACGCAUGCCGGUGGAUUAUUGGCCAUAAGGAAAGAUUGGUUCUUUAAAUUAGGAGCGUACGAUCCUAACAUUAAAAUUUGGGGCGGCGAGCAAUACGAAUUAUCUUUCAAAGUUUGGAUGUGCGGUGGGCAAUUAGAAUGGGUGCCAUGCUCGCAUGUGGGACAUAUUUAUCGUGGACCUCGAAAACGAAGUAUGCAUCCGCGAGGCGGAAAUUUAUUUCAGAGUCAUAUAAAUCACAUGAGAGUAGCUGAAAUUUGGAUGGACGAUUAUAAGAAAUAUUAUUAUCGACGUCAGCCAAAUCAUGGACAUUUGAACAUAGGAGAUGUGACAGAAUAUAAAGAAUUACGAAAAAAUUUAAAUUGUUCGUCGUUUCAAUGGUUUAUAGACAAUGUUGCGUAUGAUCUUGUUGAAAAAUAUCCGUUACCGUCGGAAAAUGUUGUUUGGGGAGAAAUGGGUGUGACCAUGGAUAAUCAACAAUUAUGCGCUGAUACACUUGAUAAUACAUACGGAAGGCCUGUAGGAAUAAGUGGAUGUCAUCAUCAAGGAGGAAAUCAAUUAUUUCGAAUCAAUGCCGAGGGUGAAUGGUCAUCGACUGAACGUUGUUUUGUAUCUGACGGUGAGUUGGUUAUCCAACAACAUUGUGUUCAAAUGGGAAAAUGGAUACCGAAAGGAGAGUGGAGCUAUAAUAAUGAGACGAAACAAAUUCGUUCGACCAAAGUCUAUAAAUGUGUAACUGCUGACAGCAAACGUCUGUAUUUAGACGAAUUUAUCCAAAAGAAAAUGUUUUAUUUAAAUUCUUUAUCACGAUGUACACUAGCAUCAGUUCGACAAUGUUUUUUGAAAUAUUCCUCUGUUCGAACUAAUUAUUUUUUACUUCUACCUGAAACACCUCCAAGAAUAGAGGGAAAUGAUUUAUUAUUUACCGUUGAUACAUUUCCGUCUUAUAACGAAGCUAAUACAAGUAUUUUAAUAAGUGGUGCACUACGUUUGUGUACAGAAACGGAUACUGAGAUUGAUUUACACAUUGAAAAAUUAGCCAAUGACUCUCUACUUGAUUCGAUCAAUGCUAAACCAACAUUUGAAUCAAUAUUUCAUCCAAUUGAAGAGUUUAGCGUAGCAUUUGAAACAGCAUUUUGUACAAUUAGACAAUUAUCCCUAGUCAAUAAAAGUGUUGUCAAAGAUUUAUAUUCAAAGGAUCUGAAUAAUGAUCAAAACCGUCCUCCACUAAGUGAUUGGCAACAAACAUUAGUAAAUUUAUAUUUGUUAAAUGGGAAACUUGCAUUAUGUCAUGGAACAUUUGUAGAACGUGAACGUUUACGUUUGGUACAGGGAAAACUUGGACAAUAUCGAACAAAUUAUUUACAAAAAGUUCUUUAUGCCACCAAAAAAUUUACUCAUAUUGAAAGUGAUGUAUUUGCAGUUGAAACAUUACCAUUUCACAUUAAACAACGUCUUGCUAUUGAUAAAGCGAAUCCUGAACGUGGUCCAUGGAAAAUUGAUUUAUCUGAUCAAACCUUUCAUGCAAUGAUGACCUAUUGUAGUAAUCGUGAAUUACGAAAAGCCCUUUUCGAAGCCUAUUAUGGUCGUGCAUCACCCACAGUGGACAGACAUGAGAGAAAUGUUGAAAAUGUUGUAGAGAUAGGUAAACGUCGAAGACAAAUUAGUAAAUGUCUUGGUUAUUCAUGUUAUUCCGAUAUGAUAUUACAAUCAAAUAUGGCUCGUACAAAAGAAAAUGUUCAAGAUUUUAUUGAAACUGUUCGUUCAAAAUUAAAACCUGUUCAUGAUGAAGAAAUUCGACAGUUAACUAAUUAUGCUCAAUCAAAAUCAAAUAAAGCAACAGCUAAAGAUUUAAAUCAAUUAAAAAUGUAUGAUAUUGCUUACUGGCGACAACGACAAUGUCAAGAACAAUAUUUAUCAUCCGUUGAUCAAUUAACAAUCAGUAGACAUUUUUCAUAUGAACAUGUGUUGAAAGGACUAUUUACAUUUGUUAAACAUUUAUUUGAUGUCGAUUUUGAGCUGACAAAUGAUAUUAUUGACGAAAAUAAAUGGCAUCCAUCUGUACAAGUAUUUAAAUGUUUGGAAAAUGAUUCUAUAAUUGGCUAUCUAUUUGUUGAUACUUAUGCAAGACCAGGUGAAAAAUCAGAGUUUGUAUGGGGUGGUACAGGAAGAGAUCUCUGCCAAAGACUUAAUAUUUUACCAAUAGCCUAUUUGAAUUUAAGUUUACAUCAUAUUGAUGGUGCUGUUACUUUAUUAACUACUGAGCAAUUAAAAGAACUCUUCUUUUCGUUUGGACGUGUUUUACAAGUAUUACUAACAAAAUCUCAAAAUCAUGAAUUAUCUGGUGUUAGAAAUAUAGAAUCAGAUGCUUUGGAUAUUGUACCCUAUUUCAUGUUACAAUGGUUAUAUGAUGGAUCAAUAUUAUCAUACAUAAGUGAAGAUAUAAACACGAAACAAUUGUUAAAACAAGAUAUGUUUGAUACAGUAUUUCGAAAAGUCAAUCAACAUAUGAUAACACAUGAUAUUUUAAGACAAUUAUAUCUAAGUGCAUAUGAUUUAGAAAUACAUACAAAUUGUACAAAUUAUGUAGAUGCUAUGAGAAAGUUAUGGCCAUUAUUUACAUCGAUACCAUUGCAUAAUAGAGAUUUUCAUCCAUGUAGUUUUCAACAGAUUUAUUGUGAACAUGAUGCAUCCAGUUAUUAUUCACAUAAUUGGUCAGAAAUGAUUGCAUGUGAUUUGUUCAAUGCAUUCAAAGAACAUCAAAAUGAUGAACAAAUAAAAACAUUAGGAAAAAGAUUUCGUGACACGAUACUGGCACGUGGAGGUUCGAUUAGUAUGAGAGAAUUAUUUCGUGAAUUCCGUGGACGUGAACCAAUUUACGACCAUUAUAUCCAAAAAAGUUUAGAAAAAUAG